AUGUCAGAAAUCGAGUUUGGGGUGAUACAACUCUGCUGUGAGAUUUUCCUACCCUUGAUCCAACUAAUCGUGGCUCGUAACCGGGGCACAAUUAUCGCUUGGGGACGCUGGAUACAGAAAACACUACAUGUCCCUCGCCCCAUCUGCGUCUUCCUAGAAGAGGACCCAGGCAUGUAUGAUGAUACAAUCGACGAAUACUCUCCCGUCCUAUGCAUCUUGUUUUUCAUAGAUCUCCUCAGCUCCCUCGCGAUUCCUUUGGGAGUGGACUUCCGGAACCCGUACAUUAUCGGCCUUAUUAUCAUCAACCCUUUCUGUGUGGGUUUCGCCGUGUGGCUGGGCCUCCUACGCGCGAAAUGGCGUCUGAUGGAGCAGCUAGACCUCGAACGCGCCGCUACGAGAUAUUUUGAACACCAACGCGUCGCACGGAUGGGAGCAUCGUCUCAGGAGAGCGCCAUGCCUUCAAAAACAAAAGACGGAUACGUUCUUCUUGUAUAA